AUGCGCUUUUCAACCAUCCUUGGCUCUGUAUUGCUUGCAGCGCCUAUUCAGGCAGCUAAGCUAUUGAUUUGUUCUGAUAGCACCACAGCCAACUAUGCCACUGGAAAUUCCCUCCAAGGAUGGGGCUAUUACAUCCAAGACUACACAACCUUAACUAUCUCGAACCUUGCCAAGAACGGCCGCUCGACCAGAUCUUUCAUCAACGAGGGCCUAUGGAGCGACCUCUUGUCAAAGACAUCUUCAGGAGAUUUCGUGGUUAUUGAGAUGGGCCACAACGACGACGGUGAUCCCACUACAUCUGACCGCGCUACCCUCCCAGGAACCGGCGAAGAAACCGUCACCGUCACCACGACUACAGGCAAUAAAGAAGUCGUCCACACGUUCGGCUGGUAUCUUCGCAAGAUGAUCGCCGACGUCAAGGCCAAAGGCGCAACACCUGUUGUCUCCGGCAUGGUAAACCGCAAUUACUGGACUGGCAACACGCUGCAAUCAAAGUGGCCUUUUGCAGACUACGCUGAGGCUGUGGCUAAGGCAGCUGGAGUUGAGUACAUCAACCAUACAAAGUACUCUGUGGUGUUGUUCCAGGCGAUGGGUCCUACAAAGGCCAAGACUUAUUAUCCUAAUGAUAAUACGCAUACUAACUGGGAUGGUGCGAAGUUGAACACACAGACUUUUGUCCAGGCUGUUAAGUACAAGUGUGGCGGUACUAGUGUGCUUAAGAAGUAUCUGAAUGCUGCUGGUAACGCUAUCAAGAGCCCGGCUCAGCAGUCAUGCUAG